AUGGCAGUGUUUCACAACGAGGUGGAAAUCGAGGACUUCCAAUAUAAAGACGACUCGGAUACGUAUUUCUAUUACUGCCUAUGUGGAGAUAACCUCUCCAUCACCAACGAAGAUUUGGAGAAUAUGGAAAAUGUGGCAACGUGUCCUAGCUGCCCUCUCAUUAUAAAAGUGACAUAUGACAAGGAUCAGUUUCUGUAUGAAGAAACAGUCCCAGCCCCUUCAGCCAACCAAGAAUUAGUUAAAUUUGUUAAAUGCUGA